AUAAAACUCCCACCCUCACCUCCCGCCACCAUGUCCACCCACCGGCACUGCACCGCCGCCGCCGCUGCCGCCGACAACGACGACCCUGACCAUAAACGGAGACGGCUAGCGCUAGUAAUAAUAGUGUACGCCGAGAUGGGCAGGGCGCCGUGCUGCGACAAGGCGACGGUGAAGAAGGGCCCGUGGGCGCCGGAGGAGGACGCCGCGCUCAAGGCCUACGUCGACGCCCAUGGCACCGGCGGCAACUGGAUCGCCCUCCCCCACAAGAUCGGGCUGAACAGGUGCGGCAAGAGCUGCCGGCUGCGGUGGCUCAACUACCUCCGGCCGAACAUCCGGCACGGCGGCUUCACCGAGGACGAGGACCGCCUCAUCUGCAGCCUCUACAUCGCCAUCGGGAGCAGGUGGGCGACCAUCGCGGCGCAGCUGCCGGGGAGGACGGACAACGACAUCAAGAACUACUGGAACAGCAAGCUCAAGCGCCGCCUGCUCGGCGGCGGCCGCCGGCCGCGGGGCGCGCCACCGCGGCUCGUGCUCGCCGGCCCGGGCCCCGCUGUAACCGCCGCCGCCACGUCGCGCAACGCCAUGGCCGCGUCGGCGAUCGAGCGGAUGCAGCUCAGCGUGCGGCUGCGCCGCCUGGAGGCCGCGGCGCCGCCGCCGCCGCAGCCCUUCACCUUCUACGGCAGCAACAACCUCGCCGCGCCGCCGUGGCAGCAGCCUAUCUCCCCGGCCGCGGGCGGCAGCUCGGAGAUGCCACGGCGGCUGCAUCACCACCACCCCUCCGGCGCCGCCGCUACCUCGAGCUACUCCGGCCUGAUCAGCAGCUGGCCGUCGUCUCGCUCCCACAUCAUCCACGACGCCUGGCUCGACGCCUCCUCCACCCCGCCGCUGUCGACGACGAGCAUGGGCGACGCCGCCACGACGACGACGACGGCCGGCGGGGAGAGCUCGAGCUCGACGCCGACGGUGAGCACGGCCACCACGCCGUUCAUCGGCGGCAGCAUCGACAUGGACGACGAGAUCGACAUGCUGCUCCAGCAGAUCAGGUGCUUCGAUGAGAACGGCGACGACGGCGACGACGACGCCGACCAGCGGCUGAUCGUCGGCGACGAGGCCGCAGCCGGAGCAGAGAACUACCUCAGGGCAUUGAUAGACGAGGCGGCAGCGAACGGUGGCGAUGUCGGCGUUGGCUCCUGGAGCUCUUGCUCUACUCCAGGAGUGGACUCCGUGUUCCAUGAGUAUGCUCAGCUAGACUACGGACAGUAUAAUUAAUUAAUUUCGUAACCACACGCUGCGUGUUAUUAUUCUACAAAUGUUUAUUAUGCAACUGUGAAGAUAUAAUAUCCGAAGGAAAUGUCUAUGUAUAUUUUGACACAUGUUCUUCCCCAAAUCAGUCGAAUUUUGAGCCGUCUCCA